CUUUAGUUGCCAACUAUCGACCCAUGACAAGUCAAGCAUGCGAAGUCAGGAAUGAGUCAAAUAAUUCGACUGCAGUUUUUAUCUUCGGUCCUUGCUAACUGGGAUCCUUAAGACGUCGAACUCUGACGUCACCCCAUUGAAAUAUACAUUUUAACUGGUAAUAGUUUCAUGGUUAAGGGAAGGGACGUCCGAAGAAUCCCAGAUAGCACUAAUCAUUUUCAUUUUAUGGGCUGGGCGUAUUUCGGUUCUGCUAACGGCACAGGCUAGAUUCUAGAACACAGCCCUAGCCUAGUCUAGUGUGUUCAUAUUUUUUUCCUUCUUGAAAGACAACACAUGGAGGAGUAGCUAGCUACGUAUUGAAAUGUGUUAUUGUACUUUUUUAGUAAAUGGCUUAUGAAGUUGUGUACUCAACGUUUAAUGCCACGCAUUGUCUAAAUUUGGCAGUACCCGUACAGUACCCGCUAAGAAGACUGGCUGGAUUAUGAACAUAUAGAGAUGCAGUUUUAAAAUCAACUAGAUACCUAGCCUAUUCGUCAGUACUGAGUUGUAGCCUACAUUAGAUAGCAGUCUGUUGAAAAGUAGACAUUGAAGAACUUGCGCUAGCUUACAUUUUCUGUCAGAAAACGCCACAAUGCAAAAUCCGGACUCGGGGCAGGGAGAAUCCACCAAGGACGCAUCUGGGUCGGCCCAUUCCGAAAAGAAUACACCGAAUAGCAUAGAAAUUGAAACCACCAAAUCACAAGGUGUUGACGCUGUAUCGGUUCUUUGGACAUUCGGCAAGUGCCUAGGUGCCUUGCUUCCCGUUUAUCUGGCAGGGUACUACCGGGUUAGCACCAGUCUGUUGGUGUUCGGGCUCAUGGUCUACACGGGAUGGAAGCACUCACGCGAGGCAAAAGAAGCUCGUCUGCGGUCCGCCAUUCAUCACAAUGACAACGAACAACAAUAUACAGACAUGAAACUGUUCAAAAGUAAAAAGGAUCUCCCUGCUUGGGUCAACUUCCCAGAUGUGGAAAAGGUGGAAUGGCUCAAUAAGAUCCUGCAGCAGGUGUGGCCAUUUGUGGGUCAAUAUCUGGAAAAGCUGCUAGUGGAGACCAUCGCUCCAUCCAUCCGUGCCUCCAGCACUCACCUCCAGACCCUCACCUUCACUAAGGUGGACUUUGGGGACAAGGCCAUGAAGGUGGUGGGUGUAAAAGCACACACAGAGAAUGAGAGGGGACAAGUCCUGCUGGAUGUGUACAUCAGCUAUGUUGGAAAUGUUGAGAUCAAUGUGGAGGUUAAGAGGUAUUUCUGCAAGGCAGGAGUCAAGGGAAUACAGCUGCAUGGGAUGAUGCGGGUGAUUCUGGAGCCUCUGAUUGGAGAUGUCCCCAUCGUGGGCGCGGUCACCAUGUUUUUUAUCCGCAGGCCGAAACUGGACAUCAACUGGACUGGACUGACCAACUUACUGGACAUCCCUGGCCUGAACAUUAUGUCUGACACCAUGAUAAUGGAUGCCAUAGCUUCCCACCUGGUUCUGCCCAACCGUCUGACUGUUCCCCUGGUAGCAGACCUGCACGUUGCCCAGCUUCGCUCUCCUCUGCCUAGGGGUGUGGUGCGUAUCCACCUCUUGGAGGCUGAUGACCUGCCAGCUAAGGACAACUACAUCAAGGGGGUGAUAGCGGGGUUGUCUGACCCUUACGCCCUGUGUAGGGUGGGUCCUCAGACCUUCACCUCCCACGUUGUGGACAACACUGUCUGUCCCAAGUGGGGAGAGAUGUACGAGGUCAUAGUCCAUGAAGUACCAGGUCAGGAGCUGGAGGUGGAGGUGUAUGACAAAGACCCAGACCAGGAUGACUUCCUGGGGAGAACCAAGAUAGAUUUGGGUAUUGUGAAGAAGUCUACAGUUGUUGAUGAAUGGUUCACCCUGAAAGAAACCAAGUCAGGACGGGUCCAUUUCAGACUGGAGUGGUUGGUCUUGCUGCCCAAUACAGAGCAACUGGAGCAGGUUCUUCAGAGGAACAAGAGCUUGACAGUGUCCAGUAAGACUUCUGAUCCCCCCUCGGCAGCCAUCUUGGCAGUGUAUCUGGACAAGGCUGAAGCCCUUCCUAUGAAGAAGGGCAACAAAGAACCCAGUCCCAUGGUGCAGUUGUCUGUGCAGGACAUCACUCGAGAGAGCAGGACCUGUUGGACGACAAUCAACCCAGAGUGGGAGGAUGCCUUCACCUUCUUCAUCCCAGAUCCACGCAAGCAGUCAAUAGACAUUCAAGUUAAAGACAACGACCGGAUUCAGACUCUAGGUAGCCUGUCCAUCCCUCUGUCCCGUCUGCUGUCCAGCCCCAACCUGUCUCUGGACCAGUGGUUCCAGCUAGACAAAUCUGGCCCUGCCAGCCGCAUCUACAUCAACACUGUACUCAGGGUGCUAUGGUUGGAUGAGAAGAACAUUCCCACUUCCUCUACAGAGGCAGCUAGCCUAGCAGCUGGUCUCUCAAAGAUACGCCCCCAACAGACCUCCCCUGACCCCAGCUUUGCCACAGAGGGGGUGCUUAGAAUCCACCUUCUAGAGGGCCAAAAUCUGGUCCCAAAGGACAACAUGAUGGGGGGCAUGGUGAAGGGCAAGAGUGACCCCUAUGUCAAGAUCAACAUCGGGGGUGAGACCUUUGAAAGCCGGGUCAUCAAUAGGAACCUCAACCCCACUUGGAACGAGAUGUAUGAGGUGGUUCUGACCACGCUGCCUGGCCAGGAGCUCCAUGUAGAGAUAUUUGAUAAGGACAUGGACAUGAAAGAUGACUUCAUGGGCAGGUUGAAGAUUAGUUUGAAGGAUAUCAUCACCUCUCAAUACACUGACCAGUGGUACACUCUGAAUGAUGUCAAGUCAGGUCGUGUUCACCUGGUACUGGAGUGGGUACCUAUAGUAUCAGAGCCAGGCAUACUGGACCAGGUGUUCCAGUUCCAGUCCAGGCAGUCCUACCACAACAAGGCUGUUCCCUCCAUGGCUCUACUCUUUGUGUUUGUGGAGAGGGCAGACGGCCUGCCACUUAAGAAGAGUGGGAAGGAGCCAAAAGUGGGAGCUGAACUUGUUGUGGGGGGGACUUCCCAUAAAACUACGGUGUGUGAUCGCACCAUCUCACCCCAAUGGGACGAGGCUUUUUACUUCCUGGUUCAUGACCCCAGAGAAGAGCUCCUCAUAGUGAAGUUGUCUCACAGUUGGACCUUGCCUAUUGGUUCUCUGGUGGUACCAAUCAGAGAGCUGCUGUCAGAACCAGAUCUGGUCCUGGAUCAGUGGCUGAGUCUGGAUGGAGCCUCACCUGACAGUCAGAUUCUACUGAGGGCUGAACUCAAGCUGCUGUGUCCCAAGAAGUGUGAGAUUGAUGUGGAGAGGGCAGAUCAACCCAGAGCUCGAGCCGCCUCUACUGCUGAACAGAGACUGGAGAGAAACACAGUGCAGAAGAGUCUGCUCAGGUCUAGUUCAGUGGACACUCCCAGUGCUCCAGUCCCCAGCCUUCCCUCUAUCCCAGCACCAGAGUCAGAGAAGGCUAAGAGAGUAACAGCUACUGAGAUGGUCCCUGGGAAAGUACCUGAGGAGCUCACUGAGGAACCCAGUCCUCCUGAAACACUCCCCACACACACCACCCUGAUCCCAGCUUUGGGGGUGCUGAGAAUCCACCUACUGGAGGCCGAGAAUCUUAUCGCCAAGGACAACCUGAUGGGUGGCCUGAAGAAGGGCAAGAGUGACCCUUACGCCAAGAUUAACAUCGGAGGGGUCAAGUUUAAGAGUCAUGUGAUCAAGGAGAACCUCAACCCUACCUGGAACGAGAUGUAUGAGACUGUGAUGGCACCACAGGCAGGUCAGGAGGUCCAGGUAGAGCUGUAUGAUAAAGACAUGGACAAGGAUGACUUCCUGGGCAGGUGUAACAUCAGUAUGAGAGACAUCAUACACUCCCAGUAUACAGACCAGUGGUACACUCUGAAUGAAGUGAAGUCAGGUCGUGUUCACCUGGUACUGGAGUGGGUACCAACAGUAUCACAACCAGACAGACUGGAUCAGGUGCUGCAGCUGCAGUCUCUCCAGUCCUACCAGAACAAGGCUGUUCCCUCUACUGCUCUGCUCUUCGUCUACAUGGAUAGAGCCCACUCACUGCCUUUUAAGAAGAGUGGGAAGGAGCCAAAGGCUGGAGCUGAGCUAGUUCUGGGGAAGACAACCUACAGAACCAAGGUGUGUGAUCGCACCAACUCCCCCCUGUGGGAUGAGGCUUUCUACUUCCUGGUUCGUGACCCCAGAGAGGAGAUACUCAUAGUGAAGCUCUCCAGUGCUUGGGAUCAGGCGAUAGGUUCUCUGGUGGUACCAAUCAGAGAACUGCUGUCAAAACCAGAUCUGGUCCUGGAUCAGUGGCUGAGUCUGGAUGGAGCCUCGCCUGACAGUCAGAUUCUACUGAGGGCUGAACUCAAGUUGUCUCACAGUUGGACCUUGCCUAUUGGUUCUCUGGUGGUACCAAUCAGAGAGCUGCUGUCAGAACCAGAUCUGGUCCUGGAUCAGUGGCUGAGUCUGGAUGGAGCCUCACCUGACAGUCAGAUUCUACUGAGGGCUGAACUCAAGCUGCUGUGUCCCAAGAAGUGUGAGAUUGAUGUGGAGAGGGCAGAUCAACCCAGAGCUCGAGCCGCCUCUACUGCUGAACAGAGACUGGAGAGAAACACAGUGCAGAAGAGUCUGCUCAGGUCUAGUUCAGUGGACACUCCCAGUGCUCCAGUCCCCAGCCUUCCCUCUAUCCCAGCACCAGAGUCAGAGAAGGCUAAGAGAGUAACAGCUACUGAGAUGGUCCCUGGGAAAGUACCUGAGGAGCUCACUGAGGAACCCAGUCCUCCUGAAACACUCCCCACACACACCAACCCUGAUCCCAGCUUUGGCUCUGAGGGGGUGCUGAGAAUCCACCUACUGGAGGCCGAGAAUCUUAUCGCCAAGGACAACCUGAUGGGUGGCCUGAAGAAGGGCAAGAGUGACCCUUACGCCAAGAUUAACAUCGGAGGGGUCAAGUUUAAGAGUCAUGUGAUCAAGGAGAACCUCAACCCUACCUGGAACGAGAUGUAUGAGACUGUGAUGGCACCACAGGCAGGUCAGGAGGUCCAGGUAGAGCUGUAUGAUAAAGACAUGGACAAGGAUGACUUCCUGGGCAGGUGUAACAUCAGUAUGAGAGACAUCAUACACUCCCAGUAUACAGACCAGUGGUACACUCUGAAUGAAGUGAAGUCAGGUCGUGUUCACCUGGUACUGGAGUGGGUACCAACAGUAUCACAACCAGACAGACUGGAUCAGGUGCUGCAGCUGCAGUCUCUCCAGUCCUACCAGAACAAGGCUGUUCCCUCUACUGCUCUGCUCUUCGUCUACAUGGAUAGAGCCCACUCACUGCCUUUUAAGAAGAGUGGGAAGGAGCCAAAGGCUGGAGCUGAGCUAGUUCUGGGGAAGACAACCUACAGAACCAAGGUGUGUGAUCGCACCAACUCCCCCCUGUGGGAUGAGGCUUUCUACUUCCUGGUUCGUGACCCCAGAGAGGAGAUACUCAUAGUGAAGCUCUCCAGUGCUUGGGAUCAGGCGAUAGGUUCUCUGGUGGUACCAAUCAGAGAACUGCUGUCAAAACCAGAUCUGGUCCUGGAUCAGUGGCUGAGUCUGGAUGGAGCCUCGCCUGACAGUCAGAUUCUACUGAGGACUGAACUCAAGAUCCUGAACUCAAAGAUGACUGAGGGUGUUGGGCUACCACAAGGUCCAGAAACUAUUACUCUUGGGAGAUACAGUGAGGAGCAAGUUACUGCGACCAAUGAGGAGAAACAACACAGGGAGGUGCCCUCUGAGGAGUCUGUUGCCGUCUCCAGCCAACCCGCUGUCUCAGAACCUGAAGAAGAAGAGGUCUUUGAGGCCGCCAAAGAAGACCCCAGCCCUCCUGAGACACUCCCCACACACACCAGCCCUGAUCCCAGCUUUGACACUGAGAUAGAGGAGCCAGAAGACAGUGAUGUGGAGGAACCUAUCAUCAUCACCCAACAGUCAGUCACAGCAGACACUGAGGAGCUCCAACCCUGGCAGAGGCCAACGGCAGGGUCUGGUAUAGAGGACAUUGCCAGAGCUACAGUGUUUAGCCUUCCCUCUGUGUCUGUACCUGAGAAAGCUGAGGCCAUGCCUGAUGUCGUCCUUGAAACACUCCCUCCUCACACCACACCAAACCCCAGCUUUGGCACAGAGGGGGUGAUGAGAAUCCACCUAUUGGAGGCCAAGGAUCUGGUUGCCAUGGAUAAGCUGAUGGGUGGCCUGAAGAAGGGCAAGAGUGACCCCUACGUCAAGAUCAACAUCGGAGGGGUCAAGUUUAAGAGUCAUGUGAUCAAGGAGAACCUCAACCCUACCUGGAACGAGAUGUAUGAGACUGUGCUGACCCCCCAGGCUAGAGAGGAGAUCCAGGUAGAGCUGUAUGAUAAAGACAUGGACUCUGAUGACUUCCUGGGAAGGUUUAUGAUCAGGCUGAGUGAUGUCAUCAGGUCCCAGUACACAGACCAGUGGUACACUCUGAAUGAAGUGAAGUCAGGUCGUGUACAUCUGGUACUGGAGUGGGUACCUACAGUAUCACAACCAGACAGACUGGAUCAGGUGCUGCAGCUGCAGUCUCUCCAGUCCUACCAGAACAAGGCUGUUCCCUCUACUGCUCUCCUCUUUGUCUAUAUGGACAGAGCCCACUCACUGCCUUUAAAGAAGAGUGGGAAGGAGCCAAAGGCUGGAGCUGAGCUAGUUCUGGGGAAGACAACUUACAGAACCAAGGUGUGUGAUCGCACCCACUCCCCCCAGUGGGACGAGGCUUUCUACUUCCUGGUUCGUGACCCCAAAGAAGAGAUGCUCAUAGUGAAGCUCUCCAGUGCUUGGGAUCAGGCGAUGGGCUCUCUGGUGGUACCAAUCAGAGAGCUGCUGUCAGAACCAGAUCUGGUCCUGGAUCAGUGGCUGCAUCUGGAUGGGGCCUCACCUGACAGUCAGAUUCUAUUGAGGGCUGAGCUUAAGAUUCUGGACUCUAAAAUGGUGGAGUUGAUAGGUCAAGGGACUCUGCCGUGCGCUGCAGGAAGCUGUGGGCAGGUGAAGCUGUCUCUUUCCUAUGCCUCAAAGGAGAAGAAACUCACCAUUGCAGUCCAUGCCUGCAGGGAUCUGGAGUCCUCCAGUAAGGAUGGCCUAGACACCUACAUCUCCCUCAUGCUGCUGCCAGACAAAACCAAGGCCACCAAGAGGAAGACAAGCAUCAAGAAGAGAGACCUGAACCCAGAAUAUAACGAAAGGUUUGAAUUUGAUCUGUCUGUGGAGGAGGCCAGGCGCAGGCGUCUGAGUGUGUCGGUGAAGAACAGCUCAGCGUCCUUCAGGAGCAGCGAUAUCAUUGGACAGGUGCACAUAGAGCUUGCUCAGAUUGACCUGGCCUCUGGUGUCACAGAAUGGUUUGACUUGAAAGAGGAGGCUGAAUAGUGGAUCUGUCUGCAGCUGUCAUAACUGUUAUACCACAGGUUUAAAGUUAACCUGUACAGCCUAACUCACGCUGAUGCCUUCCCCCACCUACCUUUACCGCUGCUUCAGCCUGCUCUGUCCUUUCACCUCUCGUCACUUGUCUGCCUGUUAAUGUCUAUCUCUAUAUAUUCACAUAUCAAUAUUAUCACUAAGACAGGGCAACUCAAUACGUCAGACAAUCUGGAUUGGACCAGAAAGUCAGUAUUAGAUAGUUUAAUCUGAAGUUUAUACCUAGUAUUAAUAGUUAUGAUGUAAUAGUUAUGAAGGUCAACAUGUGUAUAUACUUACGAAUGUUACACACUUUAAGAAGGGUUAUACCUGCUACUUUAAGAACUGAUGAGGGUUAUACCUGCUUAUGAAAGUUACUUUUUAAGUUUAUAUUACCAACUUGUUAGGGUUAUUUGAAGAUCAUUUGAAGAUUAUGUACGUUGAAGGUUAAUGUACUAAUGAAUGAUAGUUAUAUGCAUUUAUCUUGCCAGUGAGGAAGGAGUUCAUGUUAUCAAGGUAAAGAAACUCUUUCCUUAAACAGGAAGUGAAUAGGGACCAGGAAAAUGCGUUGUCAGGAUACAGUACCAGUUCGGUAUUUGAUAAUACCAAAGUAACAAACAUGAUUUAGAAGAUAUAUCAGGGAAUUCCAUAAUAUAUUAUGGAAUGUUAUUUGUUGUGGGUUGUUAAGUAUGUUAAUAUUAAUAGAAGGAUAAUGAGGAAUAUCUAAGAUUGAAAGUACAGUAUUAUGGGCUUAGAUACAGUAUGGGUCCUUGCAUAUUCAGUCUCAUGUAGUCAGAUACACAAUACACCUUAACCCACAUGCCUUUACUCAGUGUCUAGUCAGGAACCUCCCUUAUUAAAAGAGCAUUGCUUUUAUGUUACCUUACUUUGCCUUAUGUUACCUUACUUUGCCUUAUGUUAUUACACAGAGACUACCACUAUAGUAUAUAACAAUGAUAUACACAGUACUGUCAUCCAUAUAUUAUCCAUGUGAAAUGCACCCAAUAGCCAAAGUCACUCUGAUAAUACAGAUUACAGAUACUGACCAGUGGGGUUCAAAUGUGUUAAAUGGAGUGUUAACAGUUAUUCCUUUCAAACUAUUUAUCUGCCAUUUUUAGUUUCCUCAUUCAUUGUCAUAGUGUUGGUUAUGCUCCAUUCCAUUUUGUUACAUGUCUUUUUGUUUAAACUUUUAAAACAUUUUACUUGCCCGUGUUACUAUACUGCUUUGAUGUGUUUUACAUUUGUGUAUUUUUGUUUUAUUGCAGCAGAUUUUUUAACACAUUACAAUUGUGCAUAUAUUGUCCCUUAACUUUGCCAAAAUGAAAAUACCAUUGAAAAAAAUAAAGAUGAUAAUAAAAUCA